AUGAGCUAUUUUGACUUGUAUGAAGACAUUUUCCGUACAUUCCAGUUUUUGCCAAGUGAUGUUAUUGAGCUUCAGUAUUCAGUUCCUGGUUGUGAAGUUUGUUUUCUUCGUAACGAUCGUGAUUUCCAAAUGCUCUUCUGCGCUGCUAGAAUACAUAAGUUAGAUUGUGUUGAGAUUUUUGUUUUAAAGAUUGGUGGAAGCUGCAGCAGAACUUGUUCAGUGGAUAGUUGUUCGGCAGUUAUUGAUGAAGACGAUUAUUUGGGGGAGGCCUUUAGGACUGAAGUUCACAAGACGUAUUUGUCUGAUGAGUGGAGUUCUUAUAUUCAUCAUGUUGGGGAGAAGUUUCAUGGUGCAGCUGAGCUCUUCUGUUCAAAUGUUGGAACCAAAGGUUGUGAUUGGCAUCUUCGCGCUCUGUCAUCAUCUGCCAAUGGUUGCCUUUAUAUAACAGAGUUGAAUAAUAUUCACACUUGCAAGGGUGUAGUUAGGACUCAAAAGCACAAGCUUUUGGGAUCCAAGGUUGUCAAGACUUGCAUUGCUGCUGAUGUUAGCUAUAAUCUUUCAUUGAAGCCAAUGGAGAUUAUGAGUAAGUUCAAGUCAACAUAUGAGUUUGAUAUUUCCUACAAGGUUGCCUUGAAAGCAAAGCAUAGCGCUAAGGAAGCGAUUUAUGGUUCCGAUGCAGAUUCAUUCAGCAAGUUAUCUUGGUAUAAGGAAGCUAUUUUGCAGAGUAACCCGGGCUCUUCUUUUGUGUUGGAAGUUGACCCAUCUACUAAUCGUUUUCAGCGGCUUUUCGUGGCUUACGGAGGUUGUGUUGAAGGCUUCCAAUUCUGUUUGCCUAUGUUGUAUGUUGAUGGAACGUUUGGUAAAAGCAUGUACAAGGGUCAGAUUCUUUCUGCAACUGGAAGGAAUGGAAAUCAAGGUUUCUACCCUCUAGCCAUAUGUUUCUGUGAUUCUGAGACAGAUGCAAAUUGGACAUUCUUUUUCAACAAUUUGAAAAGUUUGCUUGAACCUCAAGGAAGAGUCAUCACAUUUAUUAGUGAUCUGGGUAUUGGAUUGUUGAGUGCUUUCGAUAAGGUAUUUGCUGGUCAUCCUCAUUUGUUUUGUUACAAGCAUUUGGUGGCGAACCUUGCCGGUAAAUAUAAGGGUAAAGGUGAUUCUGUCUUGAUAGAAGAUGUUAAGCAGAAGUUUUUUAAGGUUGCAUAUUCCUCUAUUAAGAAGGAAUACUGUUUCAAUUUGCAGUUGCUUAGAGAAGUUGGUGGUGCCGAUAUUAUUGACCCUUUUCUUGCUGAAAUCCCUGUGCAAAAUUGGUGCCGUGCAUUUUAUACUAGCUGCCGAUAUGGAAUUAUGGCUAAUGGGAUUGUUGAAUCAUUUAACUCUUGGAUUGCAAUUGAGCGUUUGAUGCCGGUAUAUUGUAUGUUGGAUCAGACCAGAAUAAAACAAAUGGGGCUGAUGGGUGAGAGGAGGGAUGAGGGAUGA